AUGUCGUUCUGGAAAGGCUUAUCAUUCAUGUCAAGAGCCAAAGUCGCUCGAGAGACUCGAGAAGGACGUGGCGGUCCUUCGUUCUGUUCUGAAUUGGUCCCGAAACAUGACCAGCUGCAGCAAGGUCUUGGUUAUGGAUGGAGUUUUGACGAAGAUGGCCAGACCAGCUUUCUGGAUUGUCUUGAGCCUGCAACAGAUAUCUAUGGCCGGUCGGAUGACACUGGUGGACAUGCGUCAUUGACUACUGCCUCUCUCAUGCGUUUGAUCAGUGAGCAAAACGCUGUCAAUGGUCAUACUUCACCUCCAAAGGCGUCAGCGAACGCACGGACUUCUACAUGUCGAGUGUUACCUGUGAACAAUCACGCAUCUUCUUCCUCUUUGACAGCAAUAUCAAGUCCUUGUAAGUUUUCUUCAACCUCCCUCCUCGACCUCUACCUCCUUCAAAGCUCCUCCUGCAUCAACGCAGGCAACAACACCACCCUUCCCUCCUCCACCGUCAUGAACGGUCAAUCGCCCAGCAAGCGCAACAGACGCUUGAGUGGCUCGACCACUCUCAGCACUCUCGAGGGCCUCGUAGAGGCAUAUGCUGCGUCGGAGCGGUCCGAGGUCUCCCCCGCCUUCAUCCACGCGGGAGACCUCGACCGCCAGUCAUUUGUCGACGCCCGGCGUGAGCUCGUGGCUGGACGUCCCUCUCUCCCUGCUCCUGGCCCGGCUCCUUCGCUCCUCCUCCCUCCGCCUCCUGUCUACCACCCGGCUCCGUACCGGGGCGAGGACGAGAGUGAUGAGGUGGUCCCAACCCCUCCCACCCGGAUUCUUGACCGGGCUCCUCUUCCUUCGGUCUCGCGGUUCUUAUCGGAACUGGGUUCGGGCGUUUUCCACGCCGAAGAGUCGGACCACGACUCUGUCUCUGCAAUGGGACAGCAAGAAGAAGAGACUUCCGUUUUUGGAGGAGUAAAGGCUUCCCAGCCUUAUGAAACGUCGUUCGGCAGGUACAAUCUGUUUCCCGACGUAAAGCUGGCACCAAGAAUCUCUAGGCCUGACAGCACGAUACCUCAGAUCUCACCGAAGAUCCAUCCUCGACCUAGCACUCCGUCACUAGCCAGCACCAUUCCCCUCGACAUCUCUGGCUAUAAUAACGACCAAGACCUAAUGCUGCAGAGGCAAGACAAACCAUCACCUCGCCUGAUCGAAAAUGCCCGCACACACAGCCUGAUCAACGACAGCGUGUGGCUACAAAGAGACAAAGAAGGAAGGCGCAGAUCAUGGAGCCUCUUCGUCGUCUGUGCGAUCUUCCCAUUCAUUCUGUUCUUGUUCGCUUUCGGAGUUUUCGACAGAAUCAUGGUACAGCUGGCCGGUACCCAUGCUCGUCCCACCUUACGCCAGAAGUCCCUCGCAAAAUAUCUCUGCGUUGUCGAAAUCGUGGCCUGGCCCAGCCUGGUAGCUUAG